AUGAAGUGUGCUCUAGUACUUGUUCCUUUAAUUAUUGUAAGUAUUUUAACGUUGUCAUCAAACGUUAAUGCAACCACCAAACGUAGUCAUUUGGUGCUGGUUCAUGGAGCUGGACACGGAGCUUGGUGCUGGUACAAGGUGGUCACUCUCUUACGAUCUACAGGUCAUAAUGUCACAACCAUAGACCUCAUGGCUUCUGGAAUCAAUCCCAACCACAUUAGCCAAGUCAAUCGUUCAGUAAUUGACUAUGGAAAGCCAUUGAUGGAUUUCAUGGAGUCCCUGCCGACCACGCCUGCUAAUAAAGUCAUUCUAGUGGGUCAUGGUUUGGGUGGUCUUAGCAUAUCUAUUGCCAUGGAAAGCUAUCCCCGUAAGAUCUCAGCUGCAAUUACAAGAAGAUCAGGUCCUUCUAUGGAUUCAAAAUUAAUAUUUGACAAUGGUCCUAAAAACCUUCCAACGGCUGUAAUAUUAGGGCCAAAAGCUAUGAGCACAAUGAUGUACCAACUUUCACCACCACAGGAUUUGGUUCUGGCACUGUCAUUGGUGAGAGCUUUCCCUUUGUUUAAUAAUGCAGAGUUGACGAUCAAACAGGUACAACUUAACAAGGAAAGAUAUGGAUCAGUGAAAAGAGUAUUUAUAGUGUGUGAUCAAGACUUAACAUACGAGGAGAGUUUCCAAAGGUGGAUGAUCAAGGAGAACCCACCGCAUGAAGUAAAGGUCAUCAAUGGGACUGAUCAUAUGGUCAUGUUCACUAAACCGCUUAAGCUCUUUACGCUUCUUGGGGAGAUUGCAGAAAAAUAUUCUCCAAUGAGUUAA